AUGCCCCAAGCACCCAACGGCCUUUAUUAUUGCAAUUGUCCCCUGCAGUGCGAGGGGACCUGGCAACAAUGUAGUCAGAGAACCCACACUCAACAUGCCCCAUAUCGCUAUGUCACUCUAGCACCAUCCUCUGUUUUUUUUACAGAUUUUCUAGAUACUCUGCCUCCCCAGGAAUAUGUCAACAGCUCAACCAUAUCGCAAGGACUACCAGAAGGAGCACCUGCAAACCAUCGGACAUUGGCACUGUUACAAAGGGCUGGUUCUCCACUUGAGCUUGCAAGGGCAUCGCUUGCCAGUUCCAUCCCAAACCAUGCCAAUUUGGCAGCCCUACCCUCGAACGCGCCCCUCGCCAUUCCCGUGCAAGACUGUACAGCUGCGUUAGUCCCUUCCAAACUGCUUCUGCUCUAUAAAUGGCAUGACCCUGGAUCUGGAUUGGCUUCUGGUACGGUCACUGGGCCAAACCCACUGCCAAGCAGCACAUUCUGUGAGGCCUCGUCUCUUCCCGGGAGCCAAUUUGACUUGGGAGCUGUGUGCAUUCAUGAUAUCAAUGAGAUCCCUCAGUACUUCAAUCAUCCUUCUAUGACAGACAACAAUCUACCCCUCCUGCCAACCGAGACACACAACGACUUCGGUGGAGACCCAAGUGGACAUGAUCUAUCGGAAGGCAUGUAG